CACUCGGGUGAAGCAAGAGAGCAAGUGCAGAAGUGAGAUGGGGUCCCCUCGCCGCAUGUCCGUCGCGCCCACCGCCCUCCUCAUCCUACUCCUCCUCGUCGCCACGGAGAUGGGGACGAUGAAGGUGGUGGAGGCCCGGACGUGCCAGUCGAGGAGCCACAAAUUCAAGGGCGGCUGCUUCAGCGACAGCAAUUGCGCCAACGUGUGCCACACCGAGAACUUCCCCCGCGGGACCAUGGCGUUGGCGCUGGCGUUGCUGCCCAUCAUUGAAACGCCAAGGGACCAUGGCGUUGCUCCCCUUAACAAAUAAGUGACAAUAAAAGAACUUGCUCC